AUGAAGCAUCUUGAUGAUAUCCCAUCGACGCCAGGCAAGUUCAAGCCCUACUUCCACCGUACGCGGUGGCAAUCUUCCGUGGCCAAGCUCGCCUUUUGGUCUCUCGUCUUCGUUGGUUUGAUCUUCAUCUUCUUCUACCGAUCUCCCCUUGUUUCCGAUGACCCUACUUCUACUUCUCGCCGUUCCCUCCGCACCUACUCCUGGGGUGGCCCCGCUUGGGAGAAACGCGUCCGAUCCUCCGCCCGUCUCCGCUCCCGCCGCGGUUUCUCUGUUCUCGUCACCGGCGCCGCCGGUUUCGUCGGUACCCAUGUCUCCUCCGCUCUCAAACGCCGCGGUGACGGCGUCCUCGGUCUCGACAACUUCAACGAUUACUACGAUCCCUCCCUCAA